CUUUCAACCCGAUCAGCCUCUUCAAAACUGCGCUGAGCACCACAACGAAGAAGAACAUGACAAGGAGGAGGAGGGUGAUCCGCGGCACAAACAUGAAGAAGAACAUACUGAGGAGGGGGAUGCUCCUCAGCAUCAACAUGAAGAUGAACAUGAACACGAGGAGGCCCAUUAAUAUUAUUAAUUCACAUAAAUUGGAACCCUUUUUUCUUUUGUUUCAUUUAUGGUUUUUUUUUUUUUUUUUUUUUUUUGAAAUUCAGCGAUCUAUAUUAUGGGUUUCGUUGGUUUUGUAUAAUUUAGUUCCCUAAGACAAAAUUUUUGGCAAUGUAGUUUUACAUAAUUUUUUAGCUCUCUAAUCUAGUUCAUAAGAAACUAAGCAAAUAUUAUCUAUUCUAUAAAAGAAAUCAAGAACCUAGUUUGAAGUAUUUAUUUCCUCAGGCAUGGUCAUGGGUUCGAGUCCUAACAUAUGUGUAGUGUGUGUGAGUUUAGUAAUUAUCACCCUUAUCAAUAGAAAAAGUCUCAAAAAACAUAAAUCAAGAAGAAUGUCAAUCCAUAAACUAAACACUAGUUGAUGAAAAAACUUCACACCAAAAAAGAUGGAGAAAUUUUAGGGGAAGGGUGGAUAGUUGAUAUCAAAAUGCAAUGAUAACUAACAAGAAAAUGUCAUGAAUGAAAAAAAUAAAGAACAUUAUUAUAAACAAUUGGGAUCGGUUGAGACGGUUAUCAAAUAGAUCAAACUAAUAAUUAAAUUAUAAAUUGUGGUUCAAUUUAGUUCAGUUUAAAAUUAGACUAUUUUAGAAUAAAAAUCGAUCAACUAUGUAUAAUUAACUUAAUUUGGACAAUUUGAACGAUUUUUUUUUUUUUACCGACAACAAAGAUUAGAAUAUAGGCCCUCAUAUUUUAAAAUUCUAUUUGGCUAUGAGGAUUUUGGUGUGUUACCUACUUAGAAUUUAGAUCAUGUGCUGAUCUUUUUGUGUAUCUUGUACCUAUGUCUAAAAACCACGUCGUUUCGACUGCCUCACGACUGAUUUCAAUGGGCCAGGCCAACCCAUCCCACAAUUGAGAAGGCUGAUUGUGGAUCAAUUGAAGCAAAGGUCCGUGAGGAAAUAAUAAAUUAAUAAUUAAAGGAAAAAAUAUGGAAAAAGAAAGGCCAGAAGUCUUAGCUCCCAACGGUCGAAAUUUUAAAAUUCCUACCGACUGUUUUCAGGCGUUACAAAUCCCUGUAGCUCCUUCUUAAACCCCCACCGCUGCAAAACCAGCCUCUAUCUCAUUCUGUCAAAAGUUCAAUAUUCCAUUCAAAAUCUCCCGGAAUUUCUCAGAAUCCGAGCAAAUCUGCCUCAAUUUUCUCAGAUUUUUCAUUCUCUUCACAAACCCAAUUCAAUUCUUGCUCUACAUAAUCCAAUUUCUAACUCUGUUUAUUUAUUCAUAAUUUUUUCGCAGGUUCCUUAUGGACCCAGAAAACAUUGAUUGGGGCAGCAUAGAAUCUGUGUUCGUCGAAGAUGAGACGUACGAGAACUUCGAAGCGCCUAAGUGGGUCGACCUCUCCAGCCCAGAUGAGCUCAUUGGCGAUGAAGCCUGGUUCUGCGGUCCUGAUUGCAACCAUCCGAAGGCGACUGAGGAUUUUCUCAAAUCAGCACGUAAUCUAAAGGUGAAGCUUCUAAGAUCUUUAUCCAUUUCUGAAAUCCUUCCUUUUAGGGAAAGGAAUCGGAGAGAUGUGAAGGUAAAACGGGUAGAAAUCAAACCACCUUUAGCUGCAGCAGAGUUUCCCGAGACGAAAACCGAAAAUUUGAAUUCUUUAUGCAAUGUGUACGAAGAGAGUGAGAACAAGAAUCCCAACUUCCCACCUCCGGUUCCGCUUUCGAAAACCAAAACAACGAAGGCUCCAAUGAAUCCAAGCAAUGUGAAGAAGAAAGCAGUGGAUGAAUCAUCUCAUGGUUCAUCAAAUUUUGGUAGGAAACCGCAGCUAAAGAGUACUUUCUCCGCCAGUAAUUUACUUGGCGGGCGGGCAAUGUUGAAUCAAAUCACGGAAUUUUGUGCGGAAUUGAAGAAAUUGGCAAGACGGGGUUCGAGAAAAGGUGGAUCAUCUGAGAAACUUGGUUUGAAGGAGAGGGUUAGAGAGAGGAUCCCUCUGAUUGUUAGAGAAGGGAAGGUCUAAGAAAUGGAACAGAGUAAAACAGAAGGGAAGCCCAAGCAAUGGAACAGGGGAAAACAGAGGAAGCUAGGGAAGGCCAAGUCUAACCAAUCAUUACACUACAGUUAUCAUCUAAUUCAAGAUGUAAAUUGAAAUUGCAUUUGGAGUGCAUACAUAUGAUUUUUUUUUUUCUUUUUAAUUAUCGCUAUGAUAACAGGAUAUGAAGGUUACACAUUAUUUUUUCCAGCCAAGGAAAAAAAAAAAAAAGAGUUUA